AUGAAUGGCCGGAAACGCCUACUCCUUGGGCUCCGACGUAAAGAGCGCGAGGAGCGCGGCGGACGCAAAGCGGAAACGCCGAGGCCACGCUGUGCCGUACUCCCUUCCGGCUGCGCGGAACGUCACUACGGCCCCUGGCGGCUGGAGCCGUCCCGGCGGGGGGUGAAAAACUGCGCGACACGCAGCGAGCGUGGCGGCCAUCUUCCUCCUCUGGGCACGUCAGCUGAGCCUGUGACGGCUGAAGAGGAGCGUUGCGCAAGCGCGACCAAGACGGUCACAGGUAACUCCCAUCUGACGGCCGAGGCGUCGCCGUCGUCGCCGGAAGUUUGGCGACUCAGAAGAUUGCUGAGAAUAGUGCAGCUCCAGCCUUUGGCUUACUUAGCAGACACUACUGCUAGAGGAAUUAAAACAAGAUUAAUUCCCAAACACAGGAAGUUAUUAGGAGCAUCAUUCAUUGGAAGCAUCAUCAGUCAACUUAAAGAAACAGUGAUAUGUGAUUUUUGUCUCGGGAAGAAUUUCAGUCUAUGUUUGGAAUCCAAGCUUGAAAACAGUCCAGUGGGAAAUACCUCUACUGUUUCAGCUCUGCCCAGUCAAGCAAAAAUUGAUACAGGGGAGAAUAAAGUUCCAGGUUCAGCUCCCAAACAACAUACUAUACUCAGUAACCAGACACCUAAGGCCAGUGAUGACAGGGAGACACCACCAAAUCAUUCUUGGCCUAAGUGUAAUUCCCAUUUGGAGAUAACAAUUCCAAAGGACUUGAAACUAAAAGAAGCAGAGAAAGUUGAUGAAAAACAGUUGAUCAUAGAUGCAGGACAAAAAAGAUUUGGAGCAGUUUCCUGUAAUGUUUGUGGCAUGCUUUACACAGCUUCAAAUCCAGAAGAUGAAACACAGCAUCUGCUCUUCCACAACCAGUUUAUAAGUGCUGUAAAAUAUGUGGGUUGGAAAAAAGAAAGAAUUUUGGCUGAAUAUCCUGAUGGCAGGAUAAUAAUGGUUCUUCCUGAAGACCCAAAGUAUGCUCUGAAAAAGGUUGACGAGAUUAGAGAGAUGGUUGAUAAUGAUUUAGGUUUCCAACAGGCCCCACUAAUGUGCUAUUCCAGAACUAAAACACUUCUCUUUAUUUCUAAUGACAAAAAAGUAGUUGGCUGCCUAAUUGCAGAACAUAUCCAGUGGGGCUACAGAGUUAUAGAAGAGAAACAUCCAGUUAUCAGGUCAGAGGAAGAAAAAGUCAGAUUUGAAAGGCAAAAAGCCUGGUGCUGUUCAACAUUGCCAGAGCCUGCAAUCUGUGGAAUCAGUCGGAUAUGGGUAUUCAGCAUGAUGCGUCGGAAGAAAAUUGCUUCUCGCAUGAUUGAAUGCCUAAGGAGUAACUUUAUAUAUGGCUCAUAUUUGAGUAAAGAAGAAAUUGCUUUCUCAGAUCCCACUCCUGAUGGAAAAUUAUUUGCAACACAGUACUGUGGCACUGGUCAGUUUCUGGUAUAUAAUUUUAUUAAUGGACAAAAUAGCACCUAAAACAAAUUCGUGCCUGCAGUACUAGAAGACAUCUACUGAAGAGAAUGGAUUGGUUGCUGACUUUAACCAGGAACUAGGGCCAUUUUUAUUACAAUGAACUCAGGACUGGCAACAACCGUAAGGUUGUUCCAUUUUCAUAAAAUUGGAAACAAUGCAGUAAUAGCUUAUUAUUGUUUUGUUUUUUAAAGAAGAUAUUUUAUUAUCUUUUACAGAAAUUUAUGAUUGAUGUAUUUUAUCUAUAGUUAUUUAGACAUGUUUACAUGCAGCAGAUAAUUGUUCAUAGUGGACUGAAAACUAAUGCAAGGACUAUGGUCUCAGUGAUAAGUAUAUUUUGAAGUUCUUAAUAUGGAAAUAUACCAGUGUAGCUUGGUACUGUAUUUUUUUAUAUUGAUCUGCUGAUACCAGUUAUAGUUUUAAAGAUUGUAUUUUUACAGAGCGGGAACCAAUGUUUUUGGUUCUUAUUCAAGGAGGGUGCAAUAUUGCAUGUCAAAGAAUUCAAAGCUAAUUCUUAAAGGGCCUGAAAUACAUUUUGAAGGAACCCCUGCAAAAAGGCAUAGUUCCAAAUAAGCAGGAAGAAUUUGGAAUAUUGAGCAUUUUCUUCCCUUUCUUUCUUUCCUAUUCUUGAUGCAGGAAGAAGUGGAAGGUGGUAAAGAAUUGAGGCUUUUCUUCUUGGAGAGCUAUAAAGUGACUAGAAUUAGAAAGUACCCUCUAAAGUUUAUUAUUCUUUCAUUCCGGUUUUAUUUCUUAAAGUAAGUGGCACCUGGGCACACUUAGGCUAUUAACAAAUCCCAAAGAGGUUUAUAAAAACCUAUGGAAUAGUUGUAAGCUAACUAUGGAUGACUUGGUAUCUGCUUUGUUAUUCCUCAGAAAUACUACACUGAGUAUAUGCCCGCGUUACUGGACUUCAUUUUGAUACUUGUCAAUCCUUCAUAGUGCCCUCUACUUUUAAAGGGUUUAUAUGUUGAAAAACUGCUGUGGCCUUUUAUGACCUGUAUAUAAUGUAGAAUAAAAUAAUAAAAUACUUGAUAGCUUUUUCUAAGUGUUAAA